AGGGCCAGGCAGGUGUUAUGUGAAACAUUUCCGACGUGCAAUUUAAUCCGGGCACUUUGACCACGUUCGAGACUGCCGGAACAGUCCCACUGUUUAGACUCGGUCGCUCAGAACUCCUCCUUCACUGCGAGGGUGAGAGGAGUGUAGUGGAGUGCUCACAGCUCAAUGUUCCUGUUGCUAAAUGUGGUCCAUACCCAAAAACAUCCACAUUCUAACUCAAGCUAAAAAAGUCAGAGGGCAAAGCAUCGAGAGAAUACGAGUUAAUCCUCGAGCUGAAAUCCACCACCACGCAGAUAGAUGACUAGACUGAAUCGAGCUUCGAAUCGAAGCUCUCGCUCCGCCCAACACCGAAACCAACACACCAACGCCUGCAGGUCUGGCUGAAUUUGGUUUCUGAGGUGGAGGGGGAGGGGUAGACAUUUUUGGUUUCUGAAAUUUUUUGGGGGGCCUCUGAGCUUCCUUUCCAUACGAUGGAAUCUCUCACGGAGAAGGAGGAGGCCAAGCUCAUCGACACGCCCGAGCAGCAGAUGAUGCUGCUCCUGCAGGAUGGAUCAAUCGAUGCGGACGUGUUCGCAGAAGGAAAUGGUAAGCACCUCGACACUGCCCCACUGGACCAUGACUACGAACAGCGGCGGCAGCACGCUGGAGUGAACGAGUACGACGCUAUCGUCGUCGGGUCUGGCUACGGUGGGGCAGUGGCUGCUUGCAGGCUGGCGCAAGCGGGCUCGAAAGUAUGCGUCGUGGAAAAGGGCAGGCGAUGGGAGAGCCCCAACUUUCCAGACAGUUUCGUGGGCAUGCUCACCAACGCGACAUGGAACACUCCGUUCGGAACCAUCGGCAAAGCCAACAACCUCUUCCAGAUACGCGUGGACGGAGAAUGCCUGGCGCUGACGGGGGCUGGCGUGGGAGGAGGAUCUCUGAUCAAUGCGGGAGUGGUGGCUCCGACGCCGGCCCGGACUCGCAGAGAUCCGCGAUGGCCGCCGGAGUGGGAGAAGGAGUGGGCCAAGUACGAGGCCAUGAGUGCGAGCAUGCUGGAGCCCGAGACCGUGCCUUACAGCUUCCCGAAGAAUGAAGUCAUGAAUGCGAUCAAGGACGAGAUCGAAGAUGUUCAAGACGGCCCGAAGAACAUCAAAGUCAGCAUGCGGUUCAGUGACGUCACCAAUGUCGCUGGAAUCAAGCAAAAUGCCUGCACUGCUUGUGGCAACUGCAUCAGCGGGUGCAACUACAAUGCCAAAAACUCGACAGACAAGAACUACAUCGCUGCAGCUUUGAGUGCCGGGGCGGAAUUGAAGACAGAAACCACAGUUCUCUUCGUGUGCAAGAAUCAGAAGGAGCCCGCAAUCUGCAGAGGCGGCAGCGGUGUCUGCGCGUGUGCGACUUGGCGAUGCGGGAACGUGAAAUCCAGUGGAUCUGAUGAUGACUCGGAGCUGCGAGGCUUCAAUGGUGGUGCCAGUGCCAGAGGGAGAAGCUGGCGAGUGUACUUGGAUGAGGUUACAUUUCUGUCGGCAGAUGUUGUAGUUCUCGCAGCUGGAGUUUUCGGGACGAACGAGAUUCUCCUGCGGUCAAGGGAAAGGGGCUUGAACCUGUCCCAAAGGCUUGGAAAGGGCGUGAGCUGCAACGGAAACAACAUUUGCUUUCUCUCGGACUCGCCAGCACCUCUCAAAGGCUACGGCAUCGCGAGCAAGGACUUCGUGUCCCUUACCACUCCUCAGCGUCCGGGGGUUGCCAUCUGCAACUCCUACACCUCCUCCGCGGGUUACACCAUUCAGGGAGCGACAUUUCCUAAGAAUUUUCCGUACUGCUUCCUGAAGUUCUGGACGUAUGGAUCGCAGCUGGGCUGGAAUGUGCCGAAUGUGCUCUUGGCGCAGCUGAAGAUUUGGGCGAAGACGAGGAGCAGCCACAAUGUGGUGCUGAACAUGAUGGGGUACGACGAGGCUGACGGGGAGCUGACGCUGGACAAGAGCAGCGGGCGCCUGCGGUACGUGGCACCGCAUGACGCAAACAUGGCCAAGAAGAUCGCCGCAUGCAAACGGCUGGCCAACCGCGUCCGCGGCCAGCUCCACAUCUGCAACUACAGGAGCGCCUCCGUGCAUCUGCUGGGCGGCUGCAAUGCGGCGCCGGAUUCCAAUUGCGGCGUGGCGAAUGCGGACGGCCAAGUUUUCGACCCCGCCGCCGUCGGCGGCGGCGGCGGCGGCUCGACUCAGAUUCAUGCCGGGCUGUACGUGGGCGAUGGCUCUCUCAUCCCCUGCGCCGUGGGUGUCAAUCCCUCCGCCACCAUCACGGCUGCUGCCGAGCGAGUGGCCGCAGCAGCUGUGCAGUACGUGGAGACCCUCGCCCGAGCUGGACUCAGCAGUAAGGCCAAUGGCAACAAGUUCCAACCCCAGAGUCUUCUGGACUCGGUCUCACAGUGGAGUUCCAAUGUUGACAUUACAGACUUUCAUCGAUCACCAAUCAGCUUGAAGAGCUCAAGAGCCAGAUGUCCCAUCGAGAAAGCUCCAGUCGUUGUGAGGGAGACAUUGCGUGGACAAGUAGCGGGUUUGGCGUGCCACCUGAAGGUGGUCAUGCACAUGGGAUUGGACAAGGAUGACGAAUGCUGUGAAACUCGCGGAAGUUUCGGCGAAGCUCACGAGUAUCUUAGGGGCCGAGUUGGUGGGAGCAUGCUGAUACCCUCGAUCGAUUCCGAGGUGUUGCACAUUCUGGAUGGGUGCGUGGAUUUGUGCUGGAAGGAUGAGCGCACCCCUUUCACUCAGUACAUGCACUACCACCUUCUUCUUGCUUCUGCCACUGGAGCUAGAUAUGUGUUGAAUGGGAAAAAAGAGAUGCGCCCUUAUCUGGGAGGCCUGUUCGGCUGGCACGAAUCGACGACUUUACUGGUGAAGUUUCAACAAAUUUCUCCAGCAACUGCAGCUGCCAAACGUGUGCAAGUUCUUCCCACCAAUGCAGCUGCAAUUAUCCAGAGCCCAAGUGCAGAGAGUCAGCAAUCGAAAGGAAAUCCAGUGAUGCAGGGCGUUCUCACAGUGAGCUUUGUUGAACUCCUGAAAUCAACCAUCACACUCCAAGGAUCAGAAAAAUUCACCUUUGCUAGGCUCCUGGUGGAAUCGUUGAUACGCACUUAUAUUCUGAAGAAUCCUCGAUCGGUGAACCGGUCUGAUAAGCAGGAAAAGGUUACGGAUCAAGUGUACUCGCCUUUGGCUCAAAUCUAUCCUCACGAUGCAAAUUUUGUUUUGCAUGAAAUCACCACAGAUGAUGGAGCAAAGAUCAGUAUAAGGCAAUGGAUUUGCCCCGACAAGGGCGAAAAACCUACUUCAUCAAAUGUGGUACUCUUGCUAAACGGUCAUUCCAUAGAGAAUUUUUGGCUCCCCACUGAACCCACGGAUGUGGUACGUACUCUGCUCCAAAAUGGGUACGAACCUUGGUUGUUGUACACAAGACUAUCCCCUCUCCAUAUACCGGACCGAAAAUUCAGCCUCGACGAUGCUGCCAAGUAUGAUAUUCCUGCUGCAAUGAAGAAGAUCGAGGAUUGCCGAGGAAACAAAUUGCCCAUCCAUGUUAUAGCCCACUGCGUUGGUGGACUACACAUCCACAUGGCUGUUUUGGGUGGCUACGUGCCCACCUCUAGAAUCGCAUCCCUUCUCUGCACCAACACUUCGAUGUUUUUCAGUGUGACCAAUCUCGCCUGGGCUAAACUGAUUCUUCCUCUCAUGCCGAUUUCCAUGGCCAUAAUGGGAAGGAAUACAAGUUUCAGCCCAUACAAGACCUCGGAAGGUGGUCUUCGACAUCAGCUGCUGAGAUUCAUAGCUCAACAAAUUCCUCGAUCAGAGUGCUGUGGGAGCUACGCUUGCAACACAUUCUGUGGUGUGUUUGGAAACGGAUUCUGGCAUGCCAAUAUCACCAGCACAGCGCAUGACAACUACACAACGCCACCCGUAUUCCCCAUGUGCGCCAUGCCCCACUUGCGGAAAAUCAUCUUGACCGGUCGCCUCGUCGAUGCUGCUGGUCGAGAUAUGUACAUGAAGUUCCCAGAGAGGUUGUCGUUCCCUACAACCUACAUCAAUGGGGAGAAGGAGAUUCUGGUGACCAUGAACACGGGAAGAAAAGCGCUCGAGUUCAUGAACAGACAUCAUCCUCAGUUCGUUCACGUGCACCAAACCAUUCCGGAUUAUGGACAUUCGGAUCUGACGAUCGGCGAGUUCUCCAGCAGGGACGUCUUUCCAUACAUUCUCGACCAUCUUCGUCGAGUACGUGAAGGACGGCAUUACUCCCAACGAAACCUGAGCGGAAGUGGGCAAGUGCACGAGUGGGAGAUGGAGCGACCAAACGAGAGCUCUUUUAACCUUUAUCUUAUGUUGGGAUUUCUCCUGGUCGUCCUAAAUGCUCUUCUCAUCAGAUUCUACAUUUUACAUUAGGAUCCAGAGGACAAUUUUCAUGGGGCUUGAACUCCAUUUCAGCUAUCUCAGCCCAAAAGCUAAAAGGCCUUCUGGGUCUUCUUCUCAAUCCCAAACAUCUUGGGGUCUAUCGAUGCAAUCAUCUGAGAGCCCAGAUCGGACUCCUAUGUCUCUGUGCAAUUGAAGCAUAGGAGAAGAAGGGUUUAGUUUUACCAGAACAGGUUCACAAUUAGAGUCUAUUCAUACGUGAGAUGCAACAAUAGACUUUCGAUGUUCCUCUGCCAUAGCUUAAGGACUGCAAACCUGAGCUCCACCUACCAGUCUUGAUUUAAAGCGUAGGACUGUUAUAAAUGUAAUUAUUGUCGAUAAUUAGGCUGCCCGCUUUACUCAUCUGUAUCAGAGAGAAGUAUCAAAGUCAAUUGAAUAAAUCAAUUGAAACAGAGCAGUAGUUCAAUAUCAGUCAUUGUCACUGUAGUAAUAUCUGAUCAUCCAAUGAAACCAACAGAUCCUCGUGGUGAAUAAUGCAGUGUAUGUCGAUCAUAGUCACUCAUUAGUUCUUAACCGCA